AUGUUGUUCGUUCUCGUAGGGUUGUGUUUCCUCCUGGUGAACGCCAGCAAUGAAUAUACCGACGCACUCGCAAAAUGCACCACCUAUGAACCACUGAGUAAAGAGUAUAUCGAUUUUAAUGGAAGGUACAACCCUAAUUUGGAGUGGGACAACGAGCUUUCGUAUGCAGCUUGCUAUGACCUAGUGGGGCUAGAACCCAAUAAUGUCAACGUUAGAUACGAGGCUGAAAGGACUUUCGCUGGCAAGUACAGCGGGUUGCCGCUCGGCCGCAAAGUGCGACUGGCGCUUGCAGCUGGAAGUGGAAAAAAUAAAAUAAAGUCUCUCGCCCCACAAACGAUAUAUGGAUGCAACAGUUUGGUCGACGGUGAGAAGCUAAAAGUUUUGUGCCUCUACUGGGAGUAA